GUUCUGUAUAUGAUCGUCACUUCCGCUGCUGUUGUUCAGGACGCUCGCGCGUUGGCGGGAGUUCGCCGGAUCAAAGCCUUUUAAACCUAGUAACUGCAAACCUUCUCGCCCAGACUGAAGCACCAUGGCCGACAGCGACGAUGAGUACGACCGCAGACGCAGAGACAAGUUCCGCCGGGAGAGGAGCGACUAUGACCGGUCCCGGGAGAGAGAGGACCGCCGCAGAGACGACUGGAACGACCGGGAUGACCAUGGAGGUGACCCUUACCAUGGUGGCUAUGAUCUGGGUUAUGGAGGCGGAGGAGGGCCCGGCUACGCCCCUCCUCAGCCGUGGGGUCACCCUGACAUGCACCUGAUGCAGCCUCAUCAUGGAAUCCCCAUCCAGGCCAGGCUGGGAAACAUUCAUGAUAUGGAUCUCGGUCCUCCCCUUCCUGUGAUGAAGACCUUUAAGGAGUUCCUGCUGUCCCUGGACGACUCUGUGGAUGAGACGGAGUCGGUCAAACGCUACAAUGAGUACAAGAUCGAUUUCAGGCGCCAGCAGAUGCAGGACUUCUUCCUGGCCCAUAAAGACGAAGAGUGGUUUCGUACUAAGUACCACCCGGAUGAGGCUGGGAGGCGUAAAGCAGAAGCCCACAGUGCUCUACAGAACCGGCUGAACGUCUACAUGUAUCUGAUGGACAAUAACUCCUUUGAAUCCAUCUCUUUGGACAUAGAGCACGCUCCGCAAAUCACCAAGAUUUUAGAUGCAGCUGUAAUAAAGAUGGAAGGAGGAACUGAAAAUGACCUGCGCAUCCUGGAACAGCCCAACGAGGAAGAGGAGGAGCGAGAGAGGCUGUCAUCCGGUGGACCUGGUUCUGAACCUCCCAAACGGGACGAGCCCAGGCCCGCGGAUGUUGAGCGCAAACCCUCAACUGAAAAAGACAAGAUGGGCGAGGGUGAUGAGGGCACGGAGAAGGAUGCAGCCGCUUCUGCAGGAGGCAGUGAAGGGGAGGAGAAGACUGAGAAAGAAGCACCUGCUGAACCUAUCCCAGAGCCCAAGAAGGUUAGUUAUAAAGUUUCACCGUUUUUCAGGCGUUGUUGGGUGACCUUCGACAGAGGUGUGAACAUCAAAGAGAUCUGCUGGAACCUGCAGAACAUCCGGCUGCGGGACUGUGAGCUGGCUCCUGGGGUCAAUCGAGAUCUGGCACGUCGUGUGCGGAACGUAAACGGAAUCACGCAGCACAAGCAGGUUCUCCGUAAUGACAUCAAGCUGGCUGCUAAAUUGAUCCAUUCACUGGAUGACAAGGAGAGGCUUUGGAGCCACAAACUCAGAGAAGAAACGCAUGCUCUGGAGCUCCCUGCACAGAACCCCAUUUUAAAGAACAUCACUGAUUACCUGAUUGAGGAAGUGAGCGCAGAGGAGGAAGAGCUUCUGGGAAGUGCAGGGGGAGCCGAUUCUGAUGAGGCAUCCAAAGAGGGAAACCCCACUGAGAUAACUGUGGAGAGAGAUGAAAAACUCGUCAAGGUGUUGGAUCGUCUCCUCUUCUAUCUGCGUAUCGUGCACUCUAUUGAUUAUUACAACACCUGCGAGUACCCGAGUGAGGACGAGAUGCCCAACCGCUGUGGCAUUAUCCAUGUGCGAGGACCCAUUCCCCCCAACCGCAUCACUCACAGAGAGGUGGCUGACUGGCAGAAGACAUUCGAAGAGAAGCUGGGAUCCUUGUUCAGUGUGAAGGAAACCCUGUCUGAAGACGAGGCAGCAAAGAUGGGCCGCAAAGAUCCAGAACAGGAAUUGGAAAAGUUUGUGCUGGCCAACACGCAGGAACUGGGCAAAGACAAGUGGCUUUGUCCUCUGAGUGGCAAAAAGUUUAAGGGCCCAGAGUUUGUGAGGAAGCACAUUCUAAACAAACAUGGUGACAAGAUUGAGGAAGUAAAGAAAGAGGUCGUCUUUUUCAACAACUUCCUGAUGGAUGCAAAAAGACCCUCCAUCCCAGAGAUGAAACCUCCACCUCCUCCAGGCCCAGGACAGGGAGUGCUUUCACCUGGAGGUCUUCCGUUCCCACCUCAGGGUCCUCAGGGUCUCAUGGGUUUUGGCCAGCCCAGACCGCCAGUUAUGGGUUAUGGAGGGGGUCCUCCUUACCCACCCAACCAGUAUGGUGGAGGCGGCAGGGGCAACUACGACAACUUCCGUGGACAAGGCGGUUACCCUGGAAAACCUAGAAACAACCGAAUGAUGCGUGGGGAUCCUCGAAAUAUCAUUGAAUAUCGCGAUUUAGAUGCCCCAGAUGAUGUGGACUUCUUUUAGAGCUCCAGUUUUAUUCUUUCCAUUUUAAUCCUUUCUUUUUUUUUUUUUACAGUUGUCUCAGCAUUUUCUUUUUUUGCAUUUGUUGCAGAAGUUGCCCCUUACUGUCUUCUC